AAGGUUUUAUAGCAGAGCGGAAAAACAAAACAAUGAAAGAUGUUGCCGAUGAAUUCUUAGUUUAUUUUGUUUGUUGAAUUUAUUUAUGUUCGUUUGGUCCAGAGAUAUUUAAAUUUAGACUAUUAAUAAGGCUCCUGAAAUUAUUAUUAUUAUUAUUACCAUCCCUGAGUUAAAGGAGCGAAUAUUCAGAUAUUAUUUGAGAUAUCGGAUGAUGUGUUAAUGAUUUAGUAGAGUACCCCAUGCAUCUGAUUUCAACACAGUAAGUUCAACUAGUUCAUUUGAAUUGCAUAACAAUAUUAGGGAUUAACAACCGUUUAUGAAACGAGGGAAAGUGAUAAAGUCUGUUUUGAGAUGUCGGACAGUGACAGUGACCGGGUCACUCCCGUGAAACCCCGACCCAAACGCCGCCGCAUCAUCUUCGACCCCUCCACCAUCAACUCGGUUCCCAUCUACACCAACAAAGUGAAUAAAUGUCUACAGCUGAAGCCGACCUCGGCGGUGCUCACGCACAACAGCUCAGCAUGCGACCCGGCAGAGGCUACACCGUACAGCAACUCGGCACCCGAAUGUAACAACCUCUGCCUCACCGAUUCUGAGGAAGAGGAGGAGCGCAAACUCCUCAACCACACUAAGAUCAGCGAGAGUGUGGCCCUCCUCUCCCCCUCCCCUCCCCGGACCCCAAAUGUUCCCCGGGUCCAGGUGUCUACCUCGGUCUGGAGGGCCAUGGAUGAGGUGAACAGCAGGCUGGGCUCUGUCUCCUCCCUGCUUACUCUCUCUCCGGAGGGGAAGGGGGGGAUGAGAACCAGAGGACAAGCCCUCCAACGUGCCGUCCCCGGCCCCUCGCUGACUGACGCCCAACGCUACGAUGAUGACAUCAUCGAGACCUCUGUGCUCCUGAGCCCAUCCCUGGAGCCCGAAGACCCUCUAGUGGGCCGCGAGAUCCAGCUCAAGUUCCGCUGUCGGACAGAGAUCCAUCGGAUCUCUGUGGUGUCGUCCAGACCGCUGGGGGACGCGGUGGAGGUGCUGGCAGUCAAGCUCAAGGUCCUGCCCUCCCGCAUCCUUCUGCUCAGGAAGGAGACGGAGCUGCCUAUUCACUCCUCAGCCAAUCAGCUCGGCCUGAGCAUCGCUGACAUCAUCGAUUGUGUUGUCAUGGCAGAAGAUACUAAGCAGGAGACGCAGAGCAAUGACAUCAUCACCGUGCGCAUACAAGGAAUAGACAGAGGCUCAACUCAGGAGUAUUCCCUACACAAAGUCAGUAAGACACACUCGCGGAUGUACACACACAUACAAACACAGACCCUGACGUGUGUGUGUGUGUGUGUGUGUGUGUGUGUGUGUGUGUGUGUGUGUGUGUGUCCAGGAGGCGUCCCUGGGCUCCAUCCUCUCUCAGUACACAGCCAGUCGGUCAUCCGGGGGUCAGGCUAAAAUGAACUUCCAGUUCGAUGGCUCAAAGAUCACAGCAAGUCAGACGCCUGCCCAGCUGGACAUGGAAGACGGCGAUGUCAUCGAGGUGUGGCGCUGAGUCACGUGACCUUGGACCUGUCAACUUUAGCACCUGCAUUUGUUUACACAACCUGUGUGUGUGUGUGUGUGUGUGUGUUACAUACACUCUCCUUUUUUUUUGCGUGUCAAUAUUGUAUUGGCAUUGCCAUGCUGCGUUGUGAUCGGUUACUCUAGGUACUUGUUACUCAGGUGUAUGUAAAUUCCCAGAUCAUCCUCAUGCAGAGGUACACCGGAUUAAAUGGUUGGAUUAAAAUAUUGUUUCUUUUUUUUGUUAUCAUUCAUAGUUCAUCCAAAAUUCAAAACCUCUCGCACAGAUCUGGUUUGGAUUUGGGAUUACUCAAAUGUACCGUGCAUACUUUUUUGUAUGCACGGGUUUACUCUAACCCUUUGCAACAACCCAAUCUAAUAUAAUAAAUAAAAGCUUGGUGAAGUUCAA